AUGAUGCCUUUAAUUCCGGCGAACGUGUCACUCAUUAGUGAACAAAGUGCGUAAAAGAGCGUGGUGAAUUGCAGCCUUGCGCCAUCGUAGGUGUUCUUGCGUUGUCACCAGGAUGCAGCCUAAACGUCCUCCUGGCCGAGGCGCCAUUUGUUUGUCACUUUGUCAAUGUUGACGCCGACGUCAAGACCAUUCUUAAAAGUGGCGGGUUUUUUUUUUUGCGUAUUGUGUUGUUGUAACCGUGUUGUGUUUCCCGGGUGAGGACGAGAAAGACCCUUCUGGACGUCCUGCCUAACUCGGGAGGAGUUUUGAAGACUUUUGGCUGCUGAUUUGUCAAUGAAGUACUUGUCAGGUUGUGGACAGGUGUCAGCGAGCCACUGCCCGAUGGAGAAAUAUGAGAAACUGGCCAAAAUUGGAGAAGGUUCUUACGGCGUGGUGUUCAAAUGCAGGAACAGAGACACGGACCAGAUAGUUGCCAUCAAGAAGUUUGUGGAAUCUGAAGACGAUCCCGUCAUUAAGAAAAUUGCAUUGAGGGAAAUACGAAUGCUGAAGCAGCUGAAACACAUCAAUCUGGUCAACCUGCUGGAGGUCUUCCGCAGGAAACGCCGCCUCCACCUGGUCUUUGAGUUCUGCGAGCAGACGGUCCUCAACGAGCUGGAAAAACACCCACGGGGGGUUCCUGAGGCUCAGCUUAAGAGCAUUGUAUGGCAGACGCUGCAGGCGGUCAACUUUUGCCACAAACACAAUUGCAUCCACCGCGACGUCAAGCCUGAGAACAUCCUCCUCACCAAAAGCGGCGUCAUCAAGUUGUGCGACUUUGGCUUCGCUCGCAUACUAACUGGACCAGAGGACGACUACACGGACUACGUAGCGACCCGCUGGUACCGGGCUCCAGAGCUCCUGGUUGGGGACACUCAGUACGGGCCCCCAGUGGACGUUUGGGCGCUGGGAUGCGUCUUUGCCGAGCUGUUGAACGGAAGUCCGCUCUGGCCCGGGAAGUCUGACGUGGACCAGCUCUACCUCAUACGCAAAACCCUCGGGGACCUCAUUCCUCGUCACCAGCAGGUGUUCCGGUCUAAUGUGUUCUUUAGUGGAGUCAGUAUUCCUGACCCUGACACCACGGAAACUUUGGAAAAACGAUUCUCCGGUGUGUCACCACAGGCUCUCCAAGUUAUGAAGUUGUGCCUGGUGAUGGACCCGUCCCUUAGGCUCUCCUGCGAAGAGCUGCUGGAGAUGCCCUACAUCCACAACGACGGGGGGUCCAGCUGGACCCGAGAGGGGGAACGUCCCGCCAGGCGCCACGAUAAAGGACCCCGCCGCAGACAGACCGGGGCCCAGUACUUUCCACAGUUAACAAACAGCAACAUGUCACCUGCGCCAGACGUCAAGAAGCCGGCGAAGCACAGAUAUCACCUGCCCAACAUUUAGCCAAUGACCAGCCAGCCGGCCCCCAUAAACCUUGUUGCCGAGGACGCACCUUCUUCUCGCUGAUAUCACUGAACACUAGAGAUGGAAUGGUUUAUGAAAAAAAUCUAAAGCGUUCGUAUGAGCUGACAUCGUUUCGAAGUGCGUGUGAUGCUCGGAUAACGUGCUUUUUCUUUGUGUUACUCAUUAGUUUGGAGCGUGUACGUGUAGAUCUGAUCAUACGGAAUCACGGAACUAGCCAAUAAAAACAAAAUCUACUGUUAAACAAGAAAAAUCAUGGAAAUUAGCAUAAAUGUGAUUGAAAUGCUGUCAUCGUGAGGAUAGGGAACAUUUGUCUGGGGAUAUCGUGUGUCCGGGGCCCGCUUAUCGUCCCUGAAACACUCGUGUGGCUAACACCUGCUAAGUCUGCGAACACGCUAAUGCUAGUCAGGACAACCCAUACACCUGCAAUACUUCUCAUCUGCUUGUGUUGUGUUACAUUUCCGUUUUCUUAACGUUGAGUUGCAAAAAGUUAGCGGACAUCCAUUGUUUAAUUUCAUUAAGACACGCCUCCAGCUGACUACAAUCUGGCGUGUUGGUCAGCUUGAGGGGCAUGUAGAGUUGGGUGUCAUCAGCGUAACAGUGAAGGCUAACACCGUAUUUGCGUAUGAUGUCACCUAGCGGCAGCAUGUAGAUGCUGAAGAGUGCAGGGCCAAGAACCGAACCCUGGAGAACUCCACACGUUACCUUAACAUAGUCCGAGGUCACAUUAUUAUGGGAGACGCACUGCAUCCUGUCAGUAAGAUAGGAGUUAAACCAUGACAAGGCUAAGUCUGACAUACCAAUACGUGUUUUGAUACGCUGUAAUAAAAUAUUAUGAUUGACAGUAUCAAAAGCAGCGCUAAGAUCAAGAAGCAGCAACAUAGAUGACGCAUCAGAAUCCAUCGUUAGCAAUAGAUCAUUAGUCAUUUUGGCGAGGGCUGUCUCCGUAGAGUGAUUUGCCCUGAAACUGGAUUGAAAAGGUUCACAGAGAUUGUUAGACGGUAAGUGUUCAUUUAGCUGCUGUGCAACAAUUUUUUCGAGGAUUUUCGAAAUAAACGGAAAGUGGGUCGCCGGCCGAGGUUAGGUCUUUUGAGCAGAGGAUGAAUAACCGCUUUUUUGAAUGCAAGGGGAACAGUGCCAGAGGAAAGUGAUAAGUUUAUAAUAUUUAGCACUGAUGGUCCUAAUAUUACAAACAGUUUCUUGAUAAGUUUCCCAGGAAGUGGGUCAAGUGAACAUGUUUGUUUUAUCCCAUUUACACGCCGUAACAAUUCCUCUGUUAUUUCAUCAAAAAGAGAGAGCCUAUUUUGGAGGGCAAUAUCCGUCGUAUAUACAUUCGUAUCUGUGUUAAUAAAACCCAGUUGUAGCUAGGAUGCGUUGUCUUUAA